ACGAGAUGAGGGACGAUCGGUAAGGCACGCUCUGGACGGAGGAUCGUUCGAGGUAUUGGAGACAUUGUUAUAUUUGUCUCAUAUGAGUGAAAGCACAGAAAGCUGACUGUGCUUUCUACCGUGGAUUAUCAAGGGAACUGGGUGAGAUGGACCAGCCAACACAGUAACAGUUUUGAUCAUGACAGGGUCAUCUACAUGUGAUAGUCAGUGGCGGUAUAACCCAGCCUUGUUUCCCGGUGAUGCAGUUGACUCAUAUAAGUCAGUGGUCAACAGUUCGACCUACAUGUAUACCUGUGUGGUUUCCAUGUGGCAGUGAUGAUGAUUCCGAUAUCAGCUGAUUGUUGCGUUAACACUGAAGUGUUAUGAGAUACUGAAGUAUCUACAUCUACACUCAUAGCUGGCUACUCAUGUGACGUGAUAAGGACAGAGGACCAGAGGAGUUGAUUGGAAGGGAAGAGGACAGAACUUUCGAAAGACUGUAUAUAUCUUUAUGUGUAGUGUGAGUGGGAGUGUGUGUGCUUUUUGUAUAUAUAAUAGUCUUAUAAAUACUGUAAAUAAAUAUGUAUAUACUGUAUAGAAUGCUUUAUUGUGUUAUCAAUACUGGGUAUGGCUGUGCCGCUCUGACCACAGUUACAAUUUGGUGGCAGCGGUGGGAUGACUGGUGCUAGUCUGCUCGGUUGAUUUCAUGAUUUACAUUCUGUCAGUAGAUGCUGGAAAGGUUUUCCACAGGUUACAUGUAGUUAGGAUUAGGUUCCCCAUUUCUUUCACAGCAGUCUGGAUACUGUGUGGAAAGUGGUAUAGGUGAGCAAGUGAGUAACACUAUUCUGAGACGGGGGAAAAGGCCUGUACAAGUAUUCGAGGAUUUGGGGUGAGUACCUAAGAAAUUGUGUUAGUCAUAAUUAUUCAUUGUUUUGUUAUAUGUUCUUUGUUUUACAUAGCUUACAUCAUGUCGACACGCGAGGAAUUGAUUUUGUAUGGUAAGGAGCUUGGUUUACAGGGUCAGGAAUUACGCCAGUUCGUAUCUGAGGAACAAGCCAAGGCCAGACAUGAAAGAGAAGAAGAUAGAAGGGUUAGGCUACAAGAGCUUGAAGAGAAAGAGAAGGAGCGUCUUUUCCAGAAGGAGAUGCUGAUGGAAAAAGCAAAGCUAGAGAGGGAGAGCGAAGCGAGGGCAAUUGAAGAACAUAAGAGGCAGAUGGAAUUGCAAGCUUCCCAGUCAAAACCAACGGUGCGAGAUGGAACAGCAUUUCGGGGUCCUAAGCUGCCCGCAUUCGAAGAGGGUAAAGACAACAUGGAUGCCUAUUUGCAGCGUUUCGAGAGAUAUGCGACCGCUCAGAAGUGGGACUCGGCUAGUUGGGGAGGAAAUCUUAGUGCUCUACUGAAGGGGAAGGCACUCGAUGUUUUUUCUCGACUUCCAGUGGAACAGGCACUUAAGUAUGAGGAGCUUAAGAAGGCUUUGCUCAGGCGCUUUGAGAAGACAGAGGAAGGUUUUAGGAAGGCAUUUCAUUCUGCAAGACCAGAAAGCGGGGAGACCUUUUCUCAGUUCUCUUUGAGACUGGAGAAUUACUUUGAGAGAUGGGUAGAGAUGACAGGGACUCAAAAGACCUAUGAAGGCGUAAUGGAUCUAGUUAUCAGAGAUCAAUUCAUUUAUUGUUGUGGGAGAGAUCUGGCGUUAUUCUUGAAGGAAAGAAUUCCGAAGACGUUGGAAGAGACGGCCAAGCUCGCGGACCAGUUUGCUGAUGCCAGGGGUAGUAGGAGUAACCUAAUGACUACAAGGACGACCAAGCAUGCUGAUAGCAAACCACAACAGAACAACAGUCCACACACAGGAGACAACUCUCGUGGGAAGUCGUCACUGCCAUUAAAGGAGAGGAAGUGUUAUUCUUGUGGAAAACCAGGUCAUUUGUCGUACGAGUGUCGGGGUAAGAAGUCAUCUAACGUUGCUGCUGUAGUAGGGGAGAUUGGCUCGGAGGAUAUUGGUAGACGCAAACACUUGUCAACAAGAGGACGAGGGAGUAGAUCUACUAGAAGUAGAAGUAAAAGAAGAUGCAGUGAAGGUACUCGGGUACAGGCAUCAUCUCCUUCAGUUGAUAGAAGUCCUCCCACUCUCAGUGAGUCAUGCAACAUAAAGAUGGCUGGAGACAGAGGCAUGCCGAUAGCAAGUGGAUAUGUUGGCGACCAUUUUGUUACGGUGUUAAGGGAUAGCGGUUGUAGCGGUGUUGUCGUGAGGAAGGAUUUGGUGGACCCUUCUAGGAUUUCUGACCGGCAGCAGGUGUGUUCGCUUGCAGAUGGAUCCAGGAUACAGGUGCCUGUGGCUGAGUUAGAAAUUGACACACCCUAUUUUAGAGGAACAACUGAUGCCUGGGUAUUGGAGACACCCCUGUACGACCUGAUAAUUGGUAAUGUACACGGUGCGAGACCCCCCAACCAUCCUGACAACGAUUGGCAAAGCGAGAAUGGAAGAAUACAGGCUGUAGAGACGAGAUCUCAGAAGAAAAGGAAUCAGAAUGGAUAUCGUGCACUACAGGUGAAGGAAGUUACUGACAUUGGGACCAUGGACGAGAUUAAGGAGGAACAGAAGGUGGACCCUACUUUGUCAAGAUUUAGGGAUAUGGCUAAGUUAGACGACCAGCAUGAACGACAAGAUGGCGGAGUUUCGGUAAUAUUCUACCAUAAGGGUUUGCUUUACCGGAAAUUUCGGAGUCCAAAGGUAGCCAAUGGUAAGGAGUUUCGGCAGUUAGUAGUUCCCAGGAAAUUUCGACAGGCAGUGUUGGACCUUGCACAUGCAUCCAUCAUGGCGGGACAUCAAGGAGUCAAGAGGACAACAGCACGUGUUCUCUCGGAAUUCUUCUGGCCCGGCGUCCAAGCAGAUGUGACAAGGUAUUGCAGGUCAUGCGAUAUAUGCCAGCGAACUAUUUCUAAGGGAAGGGUUCCUGUCGCGCCACUGGGGAACAUGCCGCUGAUUGAUACGCCAUUCAAGAGGGUUGCAGUGGAUUUGAUUGGACCAAUUCAACCAGCAACAUAUAGGGGAAACAGAUAUAUUUUGACGGUAGUAGACUACGCGACAAGAUAUCCAGAGGCUGUAGCGCUACGUGGCAUAGAGACGGAGCAAGUAGCAGAAGCGUUGGUUGACAUAUUUAGUAGGGUUGGAGUUCCAGCUGAGAUGCUCUCGGACCAAGGGGCGCAGUUCACUUCUGGUGUCAUGCGUGAAGUUGCCCGGCUGCUGUCAAUGAAGCAAUUGACAACGACCCCUUACCAUCCCAUGUGCAAUGGGUUGGUUGAGAGAUUCAAUGGUACGCUUAAGCAGAUGCUUAGGAGGAUGAGUGCGGAACGACCAAAGGACUGGGACAAGUUCAUCAAUGCAUUGUUAUUUGCCUACCGAGAAGUUCCACAGGAGAGCUUAGGGUUUUCCCCUUUCGAACUAUUGUACGGAAGAUCAGUACGUGGACCAAUGAUGGUUUUGAAGGAAUUGUGGACCAAGAAUGUGCCAGAUGAAGAAGUCAAAUCUACAUAUCAGUAUGUGAUGGAUUUGAGGGAAAGACUGGAGGAAACGUGUCAGUUGGCAAAGGAACAUUUAAAGAUGGCCAAAGGGAAGCAGAAGAAGUACUUCAACAGGAAAUCGAAGGUUAGACAACUGAAAGCAGGAGACAAGGUAUUGGUGUUGUUGCCAACCAAAGCCAAUAAGUUGCUAAUGCAGUGGCGUGGACCAUUUCAAGUAGUUGAGAGAGUUGGACCGUCGGACUAUCGAGUAAAUCGCGAUGGUAAGAUUAAGACACUCCAUGUGAAUCUUCUGAAGAAGUAUGUAGAACCAGAAGUCAAAAGGUCGGAUUCAGAGGUUAGCGGAAUCCUUGGGUGUAUAGCCACAGCGGUUCUUCAUGAGGACGAAGACGAUUAUGAAGGAAACCCGGAGUUAGAGACACUUCCGUCUAAGACUGGUAAAGAGGGAGUGGAUGAUGUCGUCAUAGCUGAGGAAUUGACGUCAUCACAGUUGGAGGAUGUCAACGAGCUACUACAUUCUUACACAGAUGUACUCACGGACAUGCCUGGCCACACCAACUUGGCUCAACACGACAUUCAUACGACAACAUCAGAACCAGUUCGUGUGAAGCAGUAUCCAUUACCAUACAGCACCAAGGAAGUCAUAAUGGAUGAGGUCAAGAAGAUGAUUGAUAUGAAAAUCAUUGAACCAUCGGAAUCACCCUAUGCCGCACCUGUUGUAAUGGUGAAGAAGAAGGAUGGCAGCAACAGAUUCUGCAUUGACUUCAGGAGGCUAAACCGUGUGACAGUGUUCGAUGCUGAACCAAUGCCAGACACAAACAACAUCUUCGGUCGGCUUGCAGGAGCGCGUUACUUCUCUAAGCUGGAUCUGUCUAAGGGAUAUUGGCAGGUGCCUAUGGCGGAAGAUGCGAAACCAAAGACUGCAUUCAGCACUCCCCAAGGACUGUUCCAAUUUCGGGUAAUGCCGUUUGGAUUAGUUAACGCACCUGCGACGUUUAGCCGCCUUAUGAGGAAACUGUUAGCGGGAAUGGACUGGUUGGAUAAUUUCAUCGACGACAUUCUCAUUUUUACGGAAACAUGGGAACAACAUCUGGAAGUGUUGAAGGAAUUAUUUGGUCGGUUGAGGAAGGCGAGGUUGACGGCACGACCUACGAAGUGUUCGAUUGGUUUCAUGUCUCUACCUUGUCUGGGGUAUGUAGUUGGAGAUAAGCGACUUCGACCAGACCAGGAAAAGAUCAAGGCUAUAGAAGAGGCACCGAAACCAGAAACAAAGAAACAAGUGCGAUCGUUUCUGGGACUAGCGAGCUUUUAUCGGAGAUUCAUACCGAAUUUCUCUGCAAUAGCCAUACCUCUGAGUGACCUGACCAAGAAAGGACUCGCAAAUAAGGUUGAGUGGAACGACAGUCAUGAGAAGGCAUUUGUAACUUUGAAGAUGAUGUUGACCAGCAGUCCUGUUCUGAAGUUACCGGAUCUUACACAGGAGUUUAUUCUCAGGACUGAUGCAUCCGAUACGGGUAUUGGGGCUAUUCUGCUGCAAGAGGAGAACGACAAGCCGAUGCCGGUAGCAUACGCUAGCCGGAAGCUUCUUCCCCGUGAGAAGAAUUACGCCAUUAUUGAGAGAGAGUGCCUAGCUAUCGUUUGGGGCAUACAAAAGUUUGAACCGUACCUGUAUGGACGGGAGUUUGUUUUGGAAACAGACCACCAACCAUUGACGUAUCUGAACCGGACGAGGACAGCUAACGGAAGGCUGAUGAGAUGGGCUUUGAUGUUGCAGCCUUACAGGUUUCGCUUGCGGGCCAUCAAGGGUUGUGACAAUGUUGGAGCGGAUUAUCUCAGCCGGAUGUAGGAACCUAUAUUGGAUAUAGAGUGGGACGUUGCUGUCGUUGGUCCGGGGAGAUCACAGGAAUUCCAGUUGGAAUACGUAUUGUUGGUAUUCUUUAUGUUAUGCGAGGUGGAUAUUUUGUGAAAUUGUGGCAAUUUCAUCUGAAGCGGGAGGAUGUGUCACGCUCGCAUAACUAGAUUGGUAAUUAUGGUAAGUAUUUUGUGGUGUUUCUAUGUGGUAUGUAUGUAGGGUUUGUAUUUAGUGGUGCGCUACCUAUAAGUCGGACCUCUCUGUCAGGUAAGUAUU